UGCCCCCUUGCCCUUUUUAAUUGCUCCAUUGUUACCAAGGCAACGUUACACCGUUUCUCUAUCCUGUGAUAGGAUUGGAGCUCAGCAAUGCCACUAUGUUCACUUCUUCCAUCCACUGGAUAACCUACAUUUUAUAACUGCUAUAGCACUUGCCAUAGGGAUAGGGUGUGGUCUCGUUUUAAAGAUACCCCUAACCUAUAUUUAACUCUCUGGAACGGAUAAAAACUAUAUAUGUAUAUUUUUUUUACAAUAUAAAACGACACUGCAAUAUUCCAUCAUGUCCAGGACUAUAAAACCAUUGGUUGUCUGUAUGUUUGUUGCAACAUCACUUUUGAUCAUAUUCGUCGUCAGAGAUAAUUAUAAUUGGUAUCUAACAGCUAAAAGUACAUCCAUUAAGAAAUGGACACGAAUGUCAACGGGUACGACUCAAAAUACUGUUUCCAAGGAUACAACUAAAAAUAUAUCCAAACCUCUCUCUGUCAAAGAUAUUCAGCAACAGCGUUACUCAAAUCUUCUAGAGGCAUGUGAGCGUUUAAACUCCAAGGAACGUCGAGACACCAUCGAUGGCCUGACCGCUGAUAUCUUAAAGAAAAUGAAUCACAUUUUCGUGUUAGACAAAUUAAAAACUCUUUACUGUUAUAUACCCAAAGUUGGCUGCACAACGAUGAAACGAAUGCUGCUCUUGCUUAAUGGUAAUAUCAAUUCAACCAACAUAGACCAUGAAACGGUUCAUAUACUUGCCGAAAGGCACUUUCCAUCAUUGAGUAAGUUCAGUCUGGAAGAUUCAAAAGAGAAAAUAAAAUCUUACCGAAAACUGAUAUUUGUUCGCGAACCGUUUUCACGUAUUCUCUCAGCAUAUCGCGAUAAGCUGGAUUCAAAUGGAGCCUUCAGGAAUGAAUACUGGUCUCGUAUAAUCAACGGGCAUGCGAAGCCAGGGGUCUCGAGAAAUAAAGAUGUCAACAUCACAUUCGGCAGUUUUGUCAAUUACGUCGGUAAUCCAUCGCAUACGCUAGCUCUUCCACAAGAAGAGCAUUGGCGGGAGUUUCAUCGUCUUUGCCAUCCAUGCAAGGUUUCUUACGAUGUCAUUGGACAUUUUGAAACCUUCUACGAAGAUGUGCGCGAAGGACUCCAGGAAAUAGCGAAAGGUGUUGAUGUAGAAAUACCCAAGUCAUCGAAUCCUACUAAAAGCAGUAGAUCGGAAGUCUUGGUGAAGUACUAUUCUCAAGUUAGUUCGUCACAGUUAGAAUCUCUCUACCAGAGGCUGGCGACAGAUAUAGAAAUAUUUGACUACCGAGUUCCAUCCUUCAUUGCUGGUCGUAUCAACACAUCACGUUCCAACAUGUAAGAAUGAAUUGUCUUUUUAUUAUGUGUGUUAGGGUUCUCGCACUAUGAAAUUCAAACCAGUUGAAGGAAUCAUCGUAAAAAAUAGAGAAUUUAAAAUACUUCGUUGUAUAGAGAUGGUUUCUUUGUUCGCUCAACUUACUGGACUUAAACUAAAUUCACAAAAAAACCCGACAUUAUCUUUUGGGGUAACCUGAAAAAGUCAGUAAUAGUCAUUGAAGUAGAAGUAAACCUGAUAAAGGAUACUUAAUUUCGUUAUCUUGGUACAGAUCCUGGAUUUCAAUUUGGAUAGAAUUUUUGAAUAAAUUAAAAAGACAGAUUAUUUCAUGCUCAAAGAGAAAUCUUACUACUUUGGGGAGAAUAAAUGUGGCUAGAUAUAUUUUAUUGCCACAACUUAACCAUCUUUUUCUGUCAAUCCCCAGUUCGUCUGCUCAACAAAUGAAAAAAAAAAUAAAUUCAAUUCUUAUGAAAUGGUAAACCAGACAAAGUUAGUUUGGAACAAAUAAUUGGUUCAUAUACGAAGAAGGGGGCUUGAAAAUGAUAUAUAUAGAAUUUUAACAAAGCAUUAGAGUUAACAUGGUUGAGAAGAUUUCUUUGAAGAAAAUGGAAUGACGUUGAAAGUUUAUCGGAAUCUGUUUUAGGACAGCCUUUCCACCUAUUUUAUGGAGACGAAUAUUUUCAUAGCAUAUCAAAAAAAUUAAUAAUUCAUUUUGGAAAUAUUUUUGAUGCUGUUUUAUAUAUUUAAGAAAUCUGAAAAAAAUAAUUGGUUAGCGAAACUUUUAUGUAAAAGAGGUAAAUACAAAUAGAUUGAAAGUCUGUUUAAUUUAAAAAAAUAUGACAAUAUAGGUGUAGAUUUAUUAAUGAUUUAAUAGAUCAAGAAUGAAAUAAUCAUAUCUUUAAGCCAAUGUGAAUCAAUUUUAAGGUUGAUUUUUUGGUAUGUCAAUAUGUCGGGCUCUGAUAUGUAUAUUUAAUCGAAACUUCCUAAACCAUGUAAACCUAAGUCAUAGAAUAUGUGAGCCUGUUGUUAUGCCUUUUAUUUCUUCUAUAAUGCAUGAUAAAAAGGGAUAUUAAAUAUAUAAAAACUGAUAGGAAAAAAAAGACUUUGUCAAAACUAUUGCAACAAAAUGGGAAAUGAAUUCAAACCUCUUAGACCACACUAUAAUACCCGAUUUCAAUAGGAUGAUUUUCAGAUUCACAAUGGACAUUAGGCUGAAAUAUUACCAAUACAAGGUUUUCAAUCGAAUUGUGUUUUUAAAAAUUACAGAUGCUGAUUAUUGUACAUUUU